AUGGCCUUCCUGAAGAAUGCGAUUCCUCUUGCUCGCCGAGCCCUGUCGUCCGCAGCAGGCUCGGCACAGCCUCGGAAGGUGGCGGUUCUGGGCGCUGGCGGCGGCAUUGGGCAGCCUCUGAGUCUUCUGAUGAAGUCGAGCCCGCUUGUAACGGAUCUGUCGCUGUACGAUGUGGCGGGUACUCACGGAGUUGCUGCUGACAUCAGCCACAUCUGCUCCAACGCCAAGGCUAAGGGCUAUCUCGGCUCGGACGAGCUUGCCGGAGCUCUGGAGGGCAGCGAUCUGGUGCUGAUCCCCGCUGGCGUGCCACGUAAGCCCGGCAUGACCCGGCAAGAUCUGUUCAACAUCAACGCGGGCAUCGUGAAGGGCCUGUGUGAAGCCAUCUCCAAGCACUGCCCCACGGCGGCGGUGGGCAUGAUCAUCAACCCCGUGAACUCCACCGUGCCCAUUGCGGCGGAGGUGUUCGCCAAGGCAGGCACGGCCACCCGUCACACGAUCACAGCGGCGGUGGGCAUGAUCAGUAACCCUGUGAACUCUACCGUGCCCAUCGCGGCGGAGGUGUUCGCCAAGGCGGGCACGUACGACCCCAAGAAGCUCUUCGGCAUCACCACGCUCGACAUCGUGCGCGCGCGCACCUUCUACGCCGAGGCCAAGGGGCUCAACGCGGAAGACGUGAGGGUACCGGUGGUGGGCGGCCACGCGGGCGCCACCAUCAUUCCGCUCUUCUCCCAGGCGACGCCCUUCGUGGAGCUGUCGGAUGAGGAGAGGGAUCAGCUCACCAAGCGCACGCAGGAUGGCGGUACCGAGGUGGUGCAGGCCAAGGCGGGCAAGGGCUCCGCCACGCUCUCCAUGGCCUACGCAGCGGCAGUGUUUGCUGACUCGUUGCUCAAGGCCAUGAACGGUGCCCCCAACGUCGUUGACUAUGCCGCGGCUGUGUUUGCUGACUCGUUGCUCAAGGCCAUGAACGGUGCCCCCAACGUUGUGGAGUGCACAUAUGUCGAGUCGAAGCUCACAGAGGCGCGCUUCUUUGCCUCCAAGGUGCGUCUGGGCCCCAGUGGCGCGGAGGAGAUCCUUCCCCUGGGCGACCUUAUCCCCUAUGAGGAGAAGGCCAUUCAUCGCGCCCUGCCUGAGCUCCAGGAGUCCAUCCAGGCUGGUGUGGACUUCGUUAAGAACGUCUAA